UACUGUACUUUUUUUUUUCUUAGCACUGUAUUAUUACCACUGCUAAAAUUGAUAAAUUAAUACGUACGGAGUAUGCAAAAUUCAAUGCGCAUCCAUUUUUGAUUCUUCAAUCAUCAUUAAUAGGUCUGCAUCUUCUUCACCAAAAGCUCGAAUCCCUUUUUGUUUCUUUUUUCAGAUUCUGAAUUUCAAAAAUUUAGAAUUAUCCAUCCAUGGAAUCACCUGAAAAAAACGACGCCGUUGCAUUUGAGUCAGCUGAGAAGAUAAUUCUCCGGUGGGAUUCAACGGUAUCUGAAGAAGCUAGAGAGAAGAUGAUAUUCAACGGCGAUCGUCGCGAGAUCGAUCGCUAUUUACAAGCCGUUGAUGAAAUCCAACGGUCAAUGGAGUCCACCACACUCUCCGUCUCCGACGACCACGAUAAAGCCAACACCGCGAUCCAGAUCGCCAUGGCUCGUCUCGAGGACGAGUUCCGUAACAUACUCAUCGCUCACACAAACGCAAUCGAAGCCGAAUCAUUAACUGAUCCAAGUGUUUCAGAAGAAGACUGCCGCGAUACUCCACGCGCCGGCGACGAUGAUUCGUUCAGCAAAGAGCUGGAAAAACAAGGGAGUAGCACCAGCAGCAGUUACCGAUCUACUAACAGCAUCCGUGAGGUCGAUCUCAUGCCUUCAGAAGCAAUAGACGAUCUCCGGUGUAUCGCGGAGCGUAUGAUUUCAGCUGGAUAUCUCCGGGAGUGUAUUCAGGUGUAUGGCAGUGUACGCAAGUCUGCUGUAGACUCGAGCUUCCGGAAGCUUGGAAUAGAGAAGCUGAGCAUAGGAGAUAUACAGAGACUUGAUUGGGAGACUCUCGAAGCAAAGAUUCGUAGAUGGAUACGAGCAGCAAAAGUAUGCGUUCGCAUACUUUUCGCUAGCGAGAAGAAGCUCUGUGAGCAAAUCUUUGAAGGUUUGGGGACGGCGACGGAUGAUGCUUGCUUUAUGGAGACUAUUAAAGGUCCAGCUAUUCAGCUGUUCAAUUUUGCCGAAGCCAUUAGCAUUAGCAGGCGAUCGCCUGAAAAGUUGUUUAAGAUAUUAGAUCUUCAUGAUGCUUUAUCGGGUUUAUUAACUGAUAUUGAAAUUGUUUUCGAGUCAAAAUCUUCAGAGUCGAUUAGAGUUCAGUCAGUAGAGAUAUUGUCUAGGUUAGGGGAGGCUGCUAGAGGGAUAUUAUCGGAAUUUGAGAAUGCAGUGCUUCGUGAACCUUCUAGGGUUCCUGUCCCCGGAGGGACAAUUCAUCCCUUGACUAGGUAUGUCAUGAACUAUAUAAGUUUAAUCUCGGAUUAUAAGCAGACGAUGGUUGAAUUGAUUGUUUCAAAGCCUUCAACGGGAUCAAGGUAUUCGAGUGAUCCUAAUACACCUGAUAUGGAUUUUAGUGAGCUAGAAGGGCAAACCCCGUUGGCUCUUCAUUUGAUUUGGAUUAUUGUCAUUUUGCAGUUCAAUUUGGAUGGUAAGUCUAAGCACUAUAAGGAUACCUCUUUGGCUCAUUUGUUUAUGAUGAAUAAUGUCCAUUAUAUUGUUGAGAAGAUUAAAGGAUCACCUGAGUUAAGGGACAUGAUUGGGGAUGAUUACUUGAGGAAGUUAACUGGGAAAUUCAGGCAAGCUGCUGUUAAUUACCAGAGAGCAACUUGGGUGAGGGUUUUGCAUUGUUUGAGAGAUGAGGGAUUACACGUGAGUGGAAGUUUUUCAUCCGGGGUGUCCAAGAGUGCAUUGAGAGAGAGGUUUAAGGCAUUCAACGCCUUGUUUGAAGAGGUUCACAGGACUCAGUCCGUGUGGUUGAUACCAGAUACACAGCUCAAGGAGGAGCUGCAAAUUUCCAUAUCCGAAAAGUUAAUCCCAGCAUAUAGAUCGUUUCUUGGACGGUUCAGGAGCCAUAUAGAAAGUGGGAGGCAUCCGGAAAAUUACAUAAAGUAUUCUGUGGAGGAUUUAGAGAAUGCUGUCUUGGAUUUCUUUGAGGGGUACGCUGUAUCACAGCACUUGCGGAGAAGAUCUCAGUGAAAGAAUACAAGUUUCACCAUUUAGUACUUUAGGACAUUCUUUUGAAUUUUUUCAUGGAGUCAUUCAGGGGCUGAGGUUCUGACAUUUUGGUGUUUCUCGANUCUGGUGUUUCUCGAGUUUGUGCAUUCGUUUGUAGUAUUCCAGCGUGACGCGCUGCUGAAAACUUCGGAAAGAUCAGCUGUAUCUAUCAAGAAGGGUCAGUGCCUCCAGCCUCUGGAUGCUCUGGCCUGUAAGCAUGGUGUUGUUGUAUUUCUUCCAUACUUUAGAUUUUAUCUUAAUUUGUCCAUAUCUGAAUUGUUGUAUUGGUUCACUUUCUUGAAAAUUUUAUCAUAAUCAUGAUUUCAUUAACUUGAGUCCAGAAUUUAGUUCA